CAAAUAACGACGCCGUUAAUUUGUUUACAAAAGCACGUUUCCAAGACCAAGACCAAGAGAUUUUUGUGUACAGAAAAUAAUGGUCGUGGGCGCGUUUUUCUUCUAACUCUGCAUUAUAUUAAUGAUGGAUUAUUUUGCGUAUUUAAUCGCGAACAAAACUUCGGCCGCGAGAACGGUCAAGAUUCGAAAAAUCUACAUCAACGAGGACCCUACUCAGGAAGACACUGAGCCUUGUCCCAAUUGUUUGGCGCGCAGUCAAUCGAGCAACGUGCGGUACAUGUACGUAAACCUGCAGGAGGCUAUUUAUAAAUGUGAGGCGCCAAACUGCAUGUACCCAUUCCAGAACUUCAAGUUCAAAAACUACACCGACAAUACGGUUUACGUUUAUACGUCCGCCGAAGAAACGCCUCCCGCUUUGGAAGAUUUCGUUGGGCAAUCGUUCCCGAAUAAUGCUUUAUCUCCUGUGAAACAUCCGCCAGGGCAACUUCCAUCGAUGAACGAAAGUUCGCUCAUAGAUUUCGGCUUCAAUUUCUUCUCCCCGGAGCGCAGUUCAAGUAAUUCCAACAGGGCGUCUGAAGAGAGUCCUGCCAAAAACGCAUCGCUGAACAUUUUCGACAGUCCUUCGCUCAGCUACAAAAACCUGGUGCAGGAUUUCGACACCGGCUUCAUAGAUGACAUCCUCCAGGAUCUCAAUCAAUCGUCAACGGAGAAGACAUCGAAACCGGUUCUGGCAAGUCCUGUCCGCGUAGUGGAAUCCAAGUCCAAACCGGGCCGUCAGCUUAAACGAUGUUUACAGAUGUUCAAAGAAACUGCGGUUCCCAGCGAUGUAACGUUCAAAGUUCCUCCCCUGCCUGGUGCAGAAAUUCCUAGCCCUCCAAAGAUUAAACCUAAGAAACAUUCUCCGUUGCGCCGCUCAAAGCAUGCCCGGCGGACACAUUUGACCAGUGGGGGAUCCUCAUCGGAAAAAGUACCGAAAAAGCGGAACUUGAAACCUCUAGAGUUCAUUGAAUCCAUCAACAGUAUGCGUCCGAAGGCAGUCGCGUCUCCAGAACCGGAAGUGAAGCCGUCGUGUAACCGAAGGGUGGAAAAUAUGCUCAACUUCAUCGAAAGAAGUAUGAAGAAUCGACAGCCAAAGCCACUUCCUGCCACUACUCCGCCCCCUGCAUCACCCCCGAAACAUUCCACAAAACGUCCCAUAGAGUCACACCGGAGCUACCGAAAGACCCACAGAUACAUGUCCCUUUCGGAAGCCGUCCUCAACGAUCACCGGUUCGAGUACAGCACUUCGGAAUCGGAACAGGAAGACGCACCGGAAACGGUUCCCUCCCCAGUUAAGUCUGAAGGCGAUGCGAGCUCCGAAUCGGUAACAUCCCAGGAGGACACUUCCAGCGCCCCGGAUCAUUCGUCGUUACCCUCGUUUGAAAAUCUGCUCAUGCACAUUCAUCCGGGGGAACCGAAAAUGCAGCACCAAAAUUUCCCGCCUGUGGGUUUCCGCUCGGCCGGAUCUUCUCCGACGCGGGUUCCCCAGUGGGCGCAAACACCACCCCGCAGGAUACACAGCAUGGAGUCGUUGUGUGACUUGUUGGAAUAAAGGGAACCGUUGUCAUCGAUAAUAGGUACGAAAAAUUUGAGUAGAUCUUUUAGUGCAAUUUGUAAUGUGAAAGCCAUGUGCACAAUACGUAUCAUAACCAUCUCUUUAUUUUUUGGUCGAUAUGUUUUUCGCACAUAAUAGGUACACCUAUUAUAGAUAUAAUAUCUAGAACCAGCCUCGGGCUGCAAAUUUUCUUAUAGAAAAAUAAUAAUAUAAUAUCUAACAUGAACUUUAGAUUUACUAUCUGGUGAACCAA